AUGGACUUUUGGGGUCCAACACGUGAUGCUACUAGUAAUGGUAAUCGAUACAUCAUCACUUGUACCGAUCAUUUAUCAAAAUUUGUUGUUGCAAAAGCUGUACCAACAGCAACAGCAUCUGAAACAGCUAAAUUUCUUGUUGAAGAUGUUAUAUUUAGAUAUGGCCAUAUUCCGAAGCAUAUUCUUACUGAUCAAGGUUUACAUUUUAACAACCAACUGAUGCAAGCGAUUACAAAUGAUAUUGGAAUUAACCAUAUUUUCUCAACAGCAUACCAUCCACAAACAAAUGGAAUCGUUGAGCGGUUUAACGCAACUAUUAAACCGCAAUUAUGUAAAUUACAAGAUUUAAAAUUGAAUAAUUGGGACGAAUACUUAUUACCCACUAUCUAUGCUUACAACAUCGGACAGCAUCGAAUAACAAAAUAUUCACCCUAUCAACUACUAUAUGGAAAAGAUCCUGUUUUACCAUUUGAUAAACCUCAGUCGAUGGUGCAAUUUGCAAGAUCAAACGAUUACUAUAAUCAAUUUCGUGGCUAUCGUUCCUUUCUCAUUCACCAAACUCAGGAACAUAUUCGUCAACAACAACAAUACAACGUUACGAUCAGCAUCGUCAGAACAUUCAAUAUCAAAUCGUCCAACUAG